CAUAACUAAGAUUACAGGUUUCAGCCCAAUACGUCCACGCACUUCAUCUCCAUACAAGUUACAUCCAAGCUCCAACCUAUCUUUAUCUCCAGAUCUAAGAGUACAGGUUUUGUUGCAGCUCGGAGAUCUGCGUUUGGUCAGUCCAAACUCCAAAGAUUGUUGCUCGCUUUGAUGGCUGGCAGGCGUGUCAACCUUAUUUCCAAGUUCGGAAUUAAAAAGUGUGUUGAGAGAUACCAUGGUGAUGAUCUAAUAAGUCGGUUGCCUGAUGACAUUCUCCUUGUUAUCCUAUCUUCCCUCCCAUUGAAAGAAGCUGGCCGCACAUGUGUUCUUUCAUCUCGCUGGAGAAACUUGUGGAGUUACAUCUCUUAUCUCAACUUUGAUGACUAUAGCUCCAUGGAGAAGAUUAUCCAGGACCCAAAUUUUCGCUCUGUAGAGAGGGAAAAGUAUGUAAGGUGGGUGGAUUCGGUUCUCCAAUCACAUAGAGGAUUUAGCCUGAAAGAAUUAAGAAUAUGUUUUAGUUUAAUCAAAUCACCGUCAAUUACGAAGUGGCUUGAAUUUGCUUUUGAGAGGCACAUCGAAAAGUUGGAAUUGAACCUUUCAGAUGGGGAUUGUGUUCAUGGAUCAGAUGAAACUUACGUGUUUCCUCAAGAGUUGUUACAGGAAAAUAGCAGAAUUUUCAACUAUAAAACCUUAAAAGUGUUGUGCUUAGACUGCACUAAAGUCUCUGGUGAAGCUAUCGAGUUUUUCUUACGUUACUGCCCAUUACUCGAGCAGUUAGUUGUCUGUUUCUCCGAAUUAUUGACCAGUCUUGAAGUUUGUGGACCAUCCCUUGUGUUAAAGCAU